UCCUAGCGCUCCUAGAUGCAAGAACACUGUGAUGGCCUUGCAAGAAAAGGCGUGUGCUCGAGAGGCUUCAUUCAGGCGAGUCCUGUUCCAGAUGUUGGCAAAGGAGAGGGAGAGGAGGAGGAGGAGGAAGAUGGCAUGGGGCCUUGUCCGCUGGUCAUUCCGAAGAACUGCCUUCCCCGGCGGGGCAUCAGCGUUCUGGAGAAGCUCAUUAAGACAUGCCCUGUGUGGCUGCAGCUGGGCCUGAGCCGGGCCGAGGCAGCCAGGAUCCUGCUGCAGGAGGCGGCUGGGACGUUCCUGGUCUGUCGGGACAGCGGCUUGAAGCACCUGGUGCUGUGUGUCCACUUCCCUUCCCUGAAUGAGGGCUCAUCCGAGGUGCUCGAAUACACCAUUAAAGAAGAAAAAUCGAUAUUGUACCUGGAAGGCUCGGUUCUUGUGUUCGAGGACGUCUUCAGACUGAUCGCAUUCUACUGUGUCAGUAGAGAUUUGCUGCCCUUCACGCUGAGGCUGCCCCAGGCCAUCCUUGAGGCCAGCAGCUUCACAGACCUCGAGACCAUCUCCAACCUGGGCCUGGGCUUCUGGGACUCCUCGCUGAACCCCCGGCGAGGCGGUGGGAGCCCCGCGGAGCCCCCAAGAGACCCAGCCCCCGGAGCGCCCCCAGCCUCCAGCCUCAAGUCCACCGCCCAUUACGAGAACUGUUCGUGUGAAAUUGAGCUGUCCAUAGGAAAUGACCGCCUGUGGUUUGUGAAUCCGAUUUUCAUCGAGGACUGUGGCGGCAGUGCCCUGCCUGCCGACCAGCCACCCCCGGGAAGCUGCCCCUCGCGCCCGUUGCCUCCCACCUCCUUUGCUACCUCACCCACCUCCAAGUGGGCCCCUCGCCGCCCAGCACCCCCUCCCCCGGGAGCCCCGCUCCAAGCCUCUGGCCCCCACCGGCCUCCUCCACUCCCCGCUCCUGUUCUGGCCUGUCCAUUGCCCAGUUCCCCCCCACACCCCCGGCGUCUGCCCCACCCUGCACCCCAUGCCCCAGGCCCCCCCGACCAUUCAAGCCAGCCACCCAUGGCAGCCUGUGAGAGGCUUUCACGCCCCCCCACAGGCCUGGGCCCCCUCAGGGAGGAAGAGAUAAAGCCAGGGGCAGCCCCUAGCCCCUUGCAGCAGACCCCCGCGCCUCCAGUCCCCGCGAAGAAGACUCUCCCUGCUGCCCCUCCCAGACGCCGCAUCUCUGAGAAGGUCUCCCUGGAGGACCCGAGCGCAGGGAAGGUGGACAGGGGGAUGCCCGCAGAGGGGGACCAGCCAGGUCUCUCCAGGGCAUCCCCACUCAGCCUGCCUCCCCAGGGGACCUCAGGCAGUCCCGGGGACAGGCCUCAGAGGACCGCAGAGCAAGGUCAGGAAGCAGCGGCCAAAGCCAGUGAUCCGGGCAGCAUGCCAGAGCCGCCGAGGAAGAUCCGACAACCCCCAAUCCCGCCCCCCAGGAGGAAACGGAUCUCCCGGCAGCUGGCCUCAGGCCUUCCAAGCCCCUUGGAGAGCACCGAGUCCUCCGCAAAGGAGGAAGCCCCCGAGAAACCCACGCCUGGUCCACCCAGAGAAGGCCAGAGCCCUGUCUCCCAAGCCAGGACUCAGAGCCCGCACGCCCCGGCCGGCGCCCGGCCCCAGAGCACGGCAGAGUUCAAGGGCUCCCUGGCCUCCCUCUCGGACAGCUUGGGAGUGUCCGCCUCGGCCACAGACCAGGACUCCUACUCCACCAGCAGCACGGAGGAGGAGCUGGAGCCGAUCAGCGGCUCCGGCGGGAAGAAGAAGCCCUCGGUGAUCCUGGGCAAGGCGCGCCACCGCCUGAGCCUCGCGAGCUUCACCAAUGUCUUCCACGCGUUCCUGUCCAACAACCGCAAGCUGUACAAGAAGGUGGUGGAGCUGGCGCAGGACAAGGCCUCGUACUUCGGCAACCUGGUGCAGGACUACAAAGUGUACAGCCUGGAAAUGAUGGCGCGCCAGACCUCGAGCACGGAGAUGCUGCAGGAGAUCCGCACCAUGAUGACCCAGCUCAAAAGCUACCUGCUGCAGAGCACCGAGCUCAAGGCCCUGGUGGACCCCGCCCUGCACCCCGAGGAGGAGCUAGAAGCGAUUGUGGAGUCGGCCUUGUACAAGUGUGUCUUAAAGCCCUUAAAAGAAGCCAUCAACUCGUGCCUGCGUGAGAUCCACAGCAAGGAUGGCUCUCUGCAGCAGCUCAAGGAAAACCAGCUGGUGGUCCUGGCCACCACCACCACUGACCUGGGGGUGACCACCAGCGUGCCGGAGGUGCCCGUCAUGGAGAAAAUCCUGCAGAAGUUUGCCAGCAUGCACAAGGCCUACUCGCCCGAGAAGAAGAUCUCCAUCCUGCUCAAGACCUGUAAGCUCAUCUACGACUCCAUGGCCCUCGGCAACCCAGGGAAGCCGUACGGGGCAGACGACUUCCUGCCGGUGCUCAUGUAUGUGCUGGCCCGCAGCAACCUCACGGAGAUGCUGCUCAACGUGGAGUACAUGAUGGAGCUCAUGGACCCCGCCCUGCAGCUGGGGGAGGGAUCCUACUACCUGACCACCACCUACGGGGCGCUGGAGCACAUCAAGAACUACGACAAGAUCACGGUGACCCGGCAGCUCAGCAUGGAGGUGCAGGACUCCAUCCACCGCUGGGAGCGCAGGCGCACGCUCAACAAGGCCCGGGCCUCCCGCUCCUCGGUGCAGGACUUCAUCUGCGUGUCGUACCUGGAGCCCGAGCAACAGUCGCGGACGCUGGCGUCGCGGGCCGACACACUGGCCGAGGCGCUGUGCGCACAGUGCGCCGAGAAGUUCGAGGUGCUGCAGCCCCAGGACCACCGGCUCUUCGUGCUGGUGGACGGGCGCUGCUUCCAGUUGGCCGACGAGGCGCUGCCGCACCGCAUCAAGGGCUACCUGCUGCGAAGCGAGCCCAAGCGCGACUUCCACUUCGUGUACCGGCCCGUGGACGGCGGCGGGGGCAGCGGGGGCCCGCCCUGCCUCGUGGUGCGGGAGCCCAACUUCCUGUGAGGCCCCGGGCUCCCCCGGCCCCUGUUUGUAAAGGGGGGCAGCAUGUAAAGACUGGCUCCCGCUCGCUCACCAACCCCCAGGCGCACGCAUGCAGGGGCCCCCCCAUCUGAACACACACACACACACUCUCUCGAGGUGGAUGGGACGCCCACGUGUCACGCUUGCAACAUCCUGAGUGUGCCUAGGCCAACCCGGCAGAACAAUCGAGAAGAGAUUAUGAAGCAUGAAGGCUGAGCGUGCUUCACGGAUAGUCAGAGCCUCCAGAGGCCAAGUUCUUCGUUAGAAAAGGAAAUGAGGCUCAGAGAGGGAAGGGACUCUCCCGCCAGCUGCAGCAGACAGAGCGCCGGUCUGGCCCCUGUUCCCCCACAUCCUGCAGGCCGGGCCUUCUGCCCCGCCCCCAUGCCACCCACUCCUCGGUAUUUCCCCAGGAAGGGCGCACUUUCCCCAGGACCGUCCUUGGGGGGAGCGGCCUGGCCACAGCUGCCCACCGCGCCCCCGGGUCGGAGCUGGGAUGUUUUGGACCCUCCCAGCAUCUCAGGACCAUCUCUCAGGGUGUGUGUUGAGGAGACAAGCCCGCCAUCCCGACACCGGAGCCUGCCCUCAGCUACCAGUGCCCACAAUCGCCCUCCCUUCCACCCCUGCAGUUUCUGAGCCCCUCCGACACCAGGACCACCCAGCAGGGCCAGCUCCGCAUCUACAUGGACAAGCCUAGCUUCAGCCACCAGAGAACACCCAUGGAGCCGUUUCCCUGGCAGGCACACCCCGGGGGCUCUGGCAAUGGGGCAAGGGACGCUGUGUGGGGCGAAUUUAAUAAAAGCCCUUUAAAAAAUG